CAUAAAAAUAUAUUUGGUCACGAUCUUUUUUAGUCGGUAUUAGUAUUUUGCAGCAUGUUUCAACGCCGGUUAGAACAUGCAACUCUGGCCUUCCCAUUUUUUCUCCCAGUCAUAUUCCCGUGUUCGUUCCGAAAAUCACGCUCUAUAAAUACUCAGAUUUUCCCGCAAAUCUCUCACGCUUCCAUGGCCCCAUCAUUUCUCCAGCUUUCUCUGCGCAUUCUCCCUCUCUGCUUCCUUCUUUCGUCUUCCCCUGUUUCUCCGGCCACAUUCACCGUCGUGAACCAGUGUGACUACACAGUUUGGCCCGGGAUCUUGACCGGCGCCGGCACGUCUCCGCUUUCCCCCACCGGUUUCUCUCUGGGGCCCGGUGAGUCGCAGUCUCUUACCGUUCCCCCGUCCUGGUCCGGCCGGCUGUGGGGGCGGAGUGGAUGCUCAAAUGAUCCCACCGGGAAAUUCAGUUGCGUGACCGGAGAUUGCGGGUCCGGGGUUCCGGAGUGCAACGGCAGCGGCGCGAAACCGCCGGCCACUCUGGCGGAAUUCACGCUGAACGGUUCGGGCGGGCAGGACUUUUAUGACGUCAGCCUGGUGGACGGUUACAACUUGCCGAUGCAGGUGGCCCCGAAGGGUGGGACCGGGAGCUGUAGCGUCACCGACUGCCCGGCCGACGUGAACAGCUUCUGCCCGGCGGAGCUGCGGAUGACGGCCGCCGGGAACGAUCAGCCGGUGGCUUGCAGGAGCGCCUGCGAGGCCUUCGGGAGUGCGGAGUACUGCUGCAACGGGGAUCACGGGACGCCGGACACCUGCGUGCCGAGCGAGUACGCUCAGACGUUCAAGCGCGCGUGCCCACUCGCUUACAGCUACGCGUACGACGACCACACCAGCACCUUCACUUGCACCGGAGCGGAUUACGUCAUCACCUUCUGCCCCUCUUCUUCACCCAGCGAGAAGACGUCGGGGGGCCAAAACACCACCACUGGUGGUGGUGGCGGCGGCGGCACUGGAGGUGGGCUGAUUAUUAGCGGCGGCGUAUCAGCAGCUGCCCCCUCUCCAUUGGGCAUUUGGGCACUUCUCAUGUUCGUGCCAGCUAUUCUCCAACAAUUAAUACACGCCCAGUGAACAUUUAAUUUAUUAUUUACAGUCCCUAAUUUUAACGUAG